AGUAAUCAAGAUAAUAUCCUCUGCGCGCGUUUCAAAGGAUAAAGCCCCAACCAGCGUCGUGACCACCACCCGUCGCUAUGGCCGGUACUCUUGCUCUCGGCAUCGCCACCGCAUCAACCGCCGCAUUCACUCGCGUAACUAUCAAUCGUACCAGAACUUCCCCCAGCUUCAGAACCAAAAUUCGCUGCAUAGGAUGGGAUCCGGAAGGGAUAUUAGGGCCACCGAGCACAGGCCACUUAGCCAGACGUGAAUUCCAGAAACGCCUCGAGAGAGACGCCGACGCCCGCGAAGAUUUCCAACGUCAAGUCCAAGAAGAAAAGGAGCGUCGUCGCGCUUUGCGUGAGUCUCGAGGUGUCCCGGAUACUCCUGCAAAGUUGAUUGAAUAUUUUCUUGAUACCGAAGCUCAGGAGCUUGAUUUCGAGAUUGCAAGAAUGAGACCCAGGUUAAAUGAUGAAUUUUUCUCUUACUUAAAGCUUGAACUUGGUCAGCUUCGGUUUGCUGUAUCAAAAACGGAGGAUAUGGAAGACAGAGUGAUUGAAUUGGAAGCGCUACAAAAGGCUCUCCUUGAAGGAAUAGAAGCAUAUGAUAAAUUGCAACGUAACAUAGUGAAGGCAAAAGAGAACCUAACCAAAAUCUUUUCAUCAAAGGACAUGAAAGCAACUUUAUUGGACAUGGUGGAAAAGAACGAGAUCAACAAGCCGUUAUUGGCACUUCUUGAUGAAAACAUAGCAGGUGCUCGCAAGGCUAAUCAGAAAGAAGCAGCAGAAUACAUGGAAAAGCUUCGUGGGGCUGUGCUCAAGUUCAUUACUGUCUAGUGUCGAGGUAGAAAAUAUGCAAUAGAUUCUUGUCUAUAUCAUGAGCAUUUGGUGUUCUUUUUGAGUGCAGUUACACCAUUUUGAAACGUGUUCAUAUAAUGAUACUUAAACUAUGAGUUAUGAGUAUAUUGUAUUUAAACAUUCGGUUAUUUUUGAAAGGUGUUAAUAAUAACUUCCUAUAA